AAGUCAACGGCUUUGUUCCCGCUCUGUACGCACCGGUGAGACUGACACUUGGCGCAAAAGCGUCGAUUUGGAUUGCGAAAUGCCGCAACGAACCUCAGCGAGAACAAUGAACUCGUCAUUAUCAGAGAACAAAAAAGAAAAAGAAAAAAACGAAUCAGAAAAUUCGUCUUCUUCUUCUUCUUCUCACCUAAAUUUCUAUUGCAUUCUGAUUCGUUCCGUCCCGAGAUUCGAACUUCCUCUCUGUGGAUUGCAUUGUGGAUGAACUUCUCAUCUGCAGUAAGCAGUGUACAAGGUUUCUCCAUCUCUUAAAGAAACCGGUCAUCCUGCUAAUUAUUGCAUACAUACAUUAUGGCCCAGCAAGAUGGAGUACAAUUAAGAAUGCCAAGCUGUGAUGCUUAUUUUGACAGAAUCCAAUCUAAGAAAAAGCUGCCGCAUUCUUUGCAAGAAUCCUUGACCUCUUCAUUUGCUAGAAUUCCGGUCUCUUCUUUCCCUCUCGUUCCCUGCGGCAAAGUAAUUGAAAUUUCGGCAGACACGACCACUGUGGAGGCAAUCCGAGUUUUAUCUGAGCAUAACAUACUUGCUGCUCCUGUAACAAACCCACAUGAAAUCACCAGUACUGAAUGGAAAGAACAUUAUCUUGGAAUUAUAGACUACCCCGCAAUAAUUCUUUGGGUGUUGGAAAGUGCAGAGCUUGCUGCUGCCGCACUAACAGCGGGCUCAGCAACAGCUGCUGGUGUCGGUGCAGGUGCUCUUGGUGCCCUUGGUGUAGGGGCAGUGGCGAUGGGGGCAACGGGUCCGCUUGCAGUGGCCGGGCUGACGGUUGCUGCAAUUGGCGCGGCUGUUGCCGGAGGAUUAGCUGCUGAAAGCGGCAUGGCAAAAGAUGCUCCUGCUGCUGCUGAUAGUUUGGGGGAUGAUUUCUACAAAGUUCUCCUUCAGGAAGAGCCUUUCAAAUCGACGACUGUAAAAUCAAUUCUCCAGUCAUUCCACUCAGCACCUUUCAUCCCUGUUGCUCAAGACAGUUCCAUGCUAACUGUUUUGCUGUUACUCUCAAAGUAUAGAUUGAAGAAUGUCCCUGUGAUUGAAGAUGGAAAGCCUUAUGUUAAGAAUUUUAUCACCCAAUCAGCAGUUGUGCAAGGCCUGAAUAAAUGCAAGGGAUGCAACUGGUUCGAUUUCAUCGCUGCGCGUCCUCUUUCAGAUUUUGGACUUCCUUUUAUGUCAUGCGAUGAGGUUAUUAGUAUCAAGAGUGAUGAGUUAAUCCUCGAGGCUUUCAAGCGCAUGAAGGACAACCAAAUAGGAGGACUUCCGGUUACAGAGGGUACCACAAAAAAAUUAGUAGGUAGUGUGAGCAUAAGAGACAUCAGAUUUCUGCUGCUUAAGCCAAGGCUCUUCUCUGAUUUCAGGCAUCUAACAGUGUUGGAUUUCAUAAAGACCAUAACCUCAGCAGAAACAGAAUUGGCAAACACAAUGGCAAAUCCAGCUACAUGUGCACCUACUACUUGCCUGGGGAGUGUCAUAGAGAGUUUGGCGUCGAGAUCUGCUCACCGGAUUUACGUAGUAGAGGGCACUGACCAAGAAAUUGUUGGUGUUGUGACAUUAAGAGAUGUAAUCUCUUGCUUCGUCUAUGAACCAUCCGAUCACUUCAACGACUACUUUAAAUAUAAAACGAAGGAGGCACUGAAUUGGUGAGAUUGCAUUUGUAUCGAAGAUGAAGGAAUAAAAUAUCAGCUGAGGAAAAUGCAGGCAAUGUCACUUGACCAACUGCUUCUAUAUAUAUUUAUCUUGUUUUUAGUUUUUUCCUCAGUUAUUUUCAGAAAAUAACUUCAGCUUUUUGGCAUUCUUAUUAAGCUCAUGGAAUAACUUCUUCUAUUUAUAGAAGACAAUAUUCGUUCACUAUCGAAAAUGUUUGUUCAGCUGAGAA